AUGACGACCACCCUCAUGGCGCUACCGAUUGAAGCUUUGCUUCACAUCAUAGGGUAUCUGUCAAAUUGCGACGUCACUGCCGUCACCAGGGUUCUACCUUAUACGAGCCCCCUUGUCUCCCGGAAAUCGUUUCGCAGAUGGCAGAGACUAGUUGAAGACUUCACCCAUCAGCUGCACGAUACCUUCGAUUCUAUUGAGAAUGAUCGCCGGCAAAAGAAGGAUACAUCUGGGUCGGUAAAUGCGACUGCCCUGAAAGCCGAACCAAGCGAAGCAGCAGCUUUUGAGGAUGUGUACCUGCCCAAAAUAUUGGCGGAAAUGGGGAUAAUACUCCAAGACAGGCAGCUCAUUCAGUUGGACGAUAUCUUUCUGUCGUUGCGGGAGCUGGGUAAUGGUGCUGGAACUGCGCUUUCUCCGUUGGUGGAUUGCCCAGACCCCGAGGAGAGCUCAAGAAUACUUCGAUCUACUCUCAACAAUAUCUUGCCAAUCGAGAUAGUCAAAUCAUUGCUUCCAUCCACCAUAUCUAGUAAUAUCGAUUCUAUUCCAUUCGCCACUUUCGAUCUUAUUCUAUUGACUGGAUAUCUGUUGUUCACGGAAUUACAACCUAAGGAUAUUAUUAGUUUGCGCCCCCGAUACUCAACCCAAGGCUAUAUCAGCGAGCAAGCUCUGGCCGAGUAUCUGUCAUACAUACUCUUGUUUUUGAAAGUUUUUGGACUCAUUCAAGCCUGUGCGCAGGAUAUUGUCAGAUCAACUAAGAAUGGGACAACAGACCGUGUUCAGUGGAAGUUCACCAAUGGAUCCCCCCUAUCUGGCCAGGCACUACAAAUCCUAGAACGGCGGAUUGAAAGCUGGUUCGCAGAUUUCUACGAGGUGCAAACAUACUCUGUGCCAGGCUCUCAAAAGCUACACCUGACAAGAGAACAGCAGAUGUUUGUUGAUUCUGACAUUCGAAAGGGGGAGGUAUUUAAAGUGCGAGCAUAUGCUGGGACAGGGAAGACGAAAUGUCUCGUCGACUAUGCAAAAAAGCGGCCAUACAAAAAAAUCCUUUAUGUGGCAUACAAUAAAAUGGCGAAGUGGGAUGCUGAUCUCAGGUUUAAAGACUGUUACAGAGUGGAUUGCAAGACUCUCCAUAGUGUUGCAUUCAAUGCUCUUUCCUUUGUCAACCCAGCCGUAGAUUUGCAGGUUAAAGGGAAGACCGUUGGCGAACCGCAGGCGUCCUCGCGUCGCGGUAAGUUUGCGCGAAUACAGUCGGCCCCGACUGAGAACGAAUUCCUCCAGAACUGGGAUAUUGAUGUUAUCGUGGAAGCGCUGGGAUUGACUUUGGAAACCGUUGCCCCUGUUUUCACCACCAAAUACGAUUGGCGAGACGGAUCUUCGAACUGGAGCUUCAACAAUAGCAAGCCAACCGUAGGAACAGCCGAUAACCAUAGGAACCCCGAAAGCCUAGCCAGAGUUAUUACCAGCGGCAUUGAUAGGUUCUGCAAUUCGAGAGACCCUAAACCUACCAUUGCGCACCUUUCUCUAGGGCAGUGCCGUACUAGGCUCUGUAAUCCCGAACUGGCUACCACAUGGCUUAAGUUUUUGUGGAAGAUAAUUGUGUCAGGGAAAUCUCCGUCGAUGACGCACGAUUGCUAUCUCAAGAUGUUUUCCCUAACCACUAACCUAGAUGCCGAUCAGGCUACCUUUGGUAAAUACGAUAUCGUGAUGUUUGAUGAGGCACAAGAUGCAAAUCCCUGUAUGGAAAAUAUCAUUCAGAGGCAGAGAGAUGCUGCUGGUAUAAUCAUAAUUGGGGAUCCAUAUCAAAUGAUUUAUGGGUUCAGGGGCGCAAAGAAUGAAUGUUUUGACGACGAGAGGUUACCACCCACGCGAACUUUCCACCUUACGAAAAGUUUUAGGUUCGGGAAAGAGAUCGCAGACGUAGCGAAUCUCAUCCUCGGCUCUGUGGGGGAAACAAAGCUUGUACGUGGAGGAAACGCUAGUGGUCCAUCGCCGGCAGUUUUUCUACCACCUGUUCUAGGAUAUAAAGAUAUUGCACCAGCUGGUCAACAUACGGUCAUAUUUCGCACCAAUACUGAAUUGAUCAAGUAUUUCUUUUUUUCGUUCAGCAAAAACCCGAACAAGACAAUAUGCUUGAGAACAAGCGCCGCGAAUGCUUCCACGACCAUUAUACCGCUUCUGAGGGCGGGCUACUUUCUCUACAAGGGAAAGCCGCAAAAACACCAUCGUUUGAGAGGAGUAACUUCAUUCGAAGAAGCCAAAGCCUACGUUCAAAGAGAAGAAAACUCUGAAAGCCCAGACUCUGAUGAAGUCGAUAUACCUGCCCUUGCCCUCGUGGUGGGCAUGGAGGAGUUCUACCGAGCUGAGAAUGGCAUAGACGGGACUCCAUUUUUAGAGAUGUUGGAGUCAUCGGCGCAAUGUAUCGUCAAUGAGAAACUAGCAGACAUCAUUUUAACCAACGCACAUCAAUCAAAGGGGCUAGAAUGGGAUGAUGUCAUCAUCGCUGAAGAUUUUGUGCAUGGACUAGAAGGGUUGCCUAGUCAAAUAAAGUCCACGGAAGCAACAAACCUCCUCUAUGUAGCUUGUACUAGAGCACGAAAUCGCCUUCAACUCUCCCAAAGGCUCGCCGCUUUCCUUGUCCGUCGGCUCGGGACCUUCCGGUUCUUCGUCUCCCCCAACGACAACUCUAAAUGCAACUGCUGCCGGGGGAAACACCCGUUUAACACCUUCCUAAGUGACCAUCUCACCGCAGGGGACGCUUUCAAUGGGACAGAUACCUCAAACUACUUCUCCUCCACGCCCUCGCCAUGUAUCGGCUACGAAGCUAUAUUUCCUCGCCGAGACCCUUCUGCAUUAAACAGCUGGAUUGAUCGCAGCAGUCAGCCCCUGAACCCUGCUGAAAUACCCAAAUGUGUUCAUUUGUCCGCAAUUUCUUGUGUAAAUUGUAUCUUGUCUUGGCGGUCUUUAACGAACAAGACGCAUGGGGACCUUUUCAGAUUUGCGGAGGGUAUCAAGGGCCGUAUUGGAUUUGGCAAACAUAUGUAUCAUGGCGAUUAUCACAUAUUUUGGGCUGGCAGGUUCUACCCCGAUAUGUCCAGCGAACUCCCACGCUCAGAAAACUGGACGUUGGAGUCCGCGUAUCACCCGGAAAUGCGGAUGGGGCUUCAAGCCCCACUAAACAUUGGAUCAGUCAAUGAAAGCCUGGUUUGCUGGAGUGAUUUUGUGUUUGGCAAGGCCAGAGACAGCGGCGCGGAAUAUGAUGAUGAUGACGUUGAUGACUUCAUCAAAUCCUUUGUUUAA